GCAUAAGAAUCCAAGUCUCUAAGGAAGGUAGCAUAGUGUGCAGUUCACUGGACCAAAAGCUUUGGCUGCACCUCUUCUAGAAAGCCUGGCCAUGGGGCUCUUCCUGAUCAUUGUAAUUCUUGUAAUUCUGCUGUCCCAGAAACCCACAGUAACUGAACAACUUAAGACGUGCUGGAAUAACUAUGUACAAGGACAUUGCAGGAAAAUCUGCAGAGUAAAUGCACUAUGUGAAAAUGGGAGAUAUUGUUGCCUCAAUAUCAAGGAACUGGAAGCAUGUAAAAAAAUUACAAACUCACCUCAUCCAAAACCAGCAACACUAGCACUGACUCUUCCUCAAGACUAUGUUACAAUAACAGAAAAAUUCCCAAUCUUGAAGACAUAAAUCAAAUACAAUUUCCUGUUCACUUGCUUCUCAACCUAGUCUAAUAAACUAAGGUGAUGAGAUCUACAUCUUCUUCCUUCUGCUUUCUUUAUCCUUAAAAUGACCUUCGAGCAUAUUCUAAUAAAGUGCAUUGCCAGUU